AUGCAACUACUCGACUUGCCCCAUGAGUUGCUUCUGAGUAUAUGGGAGGCUACUCAGUCUGAGCCGGACAUGUUUGCGCUAGCAAAAACAUGCCACUAUCUUUAUGAUGACCUAGGUCCCAGAUUCUAUCGUCAUCUGGUCCACGGAUCAGAUCUAUCUCGCCGAAGAGCAAUGAAUUGGGCCGCACAACAAUCGUCACCGAUCCCAAUGCAAAAGCUUCUUGACGCAGGCGUGAAUAGCUCCCACCAGAACGAAGUUUAUCCGGUGUGCACUGCAACCAGACAUCUUCAGUUGGAAGUGAUCAAGCUUCUUCUCAGUCAUGGAUUUGACGUGAAUGAAAUUGAGCCAGAGGGAUCUGAGAUGGUGCAAAAUGUUUGCCCUUUGUGGCUUGCUGCAGUCUAUGAUCAACCAGAACUCACCAAAACACUGCUUGAAGCUGGCGCAAAUGUAGAGGGCUCAGCUCAUGGUAUCUCUCAAGAGAAGACAGCCUUAUCUGUGGCAAUAAGUCGUGGAAAUUCCCAGGUCGCAGGCCUUUUGCUCGAAUGGGGGGCUUCUACCGACAUCAUAAUGGACGAAGGGUGGACACCCAUGCAGUGGUCAGCAAGAUAUGGCGAGAGCGAGAUCAUCAAACAUCUUAUCAAGAGAAAUGUUUCCCUUGACUACGGACCUAUCAUUGUUCCUCUGGCAUUGGCAGCACGUAGAUGUCAAGAAGAGAUAGUCGCACAGCUCAUCGAGGCCGGUGCUGAUAUCGAAGCCGUGAACAAUCGUGGUGAAAACGCUCUCCAUGAGGCGGCAGCGUAUGGACACGAAUCACUUACAGCCUUUCUGCUGUCGAAGGGGGCCAGAGUUGACGUCCAAGAUUCGAACAAUUUAACGGCGCUAUCGCGAUCUGUCGGGAACAAAUACCCCAACCCUAGAGUGAUCCAAACACUCAUUGACGCUGGCUCAAAUAUCGAGCACAAAGACUCUCGUGGAAGAACACAGCUUGCGCUAGCUGCCACGCGUGGAACCCAUGUCGGUGUCAGGAUUUUACUGCAGAACGGUGCAGACCCGACCUCAGUGGACGUCGAUGGAUACACUGCUCUUGCACAUGCCGCUCAGCAUGGACACUCACUCAUUGUUCUCGAAUUUCUCACUUGGAACGAAUCAAACAAGGCGACCGAGCAAGAUUCUCUCGCGUCAUCGGGCAAAAACCGGACAUGCGCGAGUUUCAUUGAUAUUCCCGACAACCGAAUCCGUACGCCGCUCUUUCUUGCGACUCUUUACGGACAAGAGGAAUCGGUCCGCAUACUUGUUAGCAAAGGCGCCUCCCUGGACAUUGCAACUUGCGCCGGUCGGACUCCCUUGUCUUUUGCCAAUGAUACCAAAGAUCAAGUCUCUGAGAUUGAAAAUGACAUCAUGCGGCGUAUUUGGAUAUGGCUCACUCGUCCCUCGGAGAUCACACUCGACAUGCAACAGAUCAAAAACUCCUCCAAAAAGACCUGGAGAGACGAGGUUGUGAGGAUGGAAUGCGACUGGUGUUUGAAGCCCGCUAGCGAGUACGACACGGUCCUACAUUGUGACACUUGCAAUGGCGGAGACUUUGACAUAGAUCUGGAAUGCCUUUACGCUGGUGGGAGUUGUCACGACAAGGGUCAUACGUUAAGGAAAAUGUACGAGGUGAAUGAAGAGUAUGUUUCUGCAUCUGAUGAACUAUUCGAGCAGCCCCUUGUCGAUCUAUCGAUCCGAAAACCUAUCCUUAACUCCAGGGGUGUCUGA